AUGGCAUCCGUCGCUCGAUCGCGGAUUUUAUCCUUAGCAAAGGCUCAAUGCCGCAUCUUCGACCUCAACUAUAACCCCGAAGGCGCCCGGCUUGGGAACAAAAUCCUGCGGCAACGACUACGGGGGCCGGCUCUGGCAGCAUAUUAUCCCCGAAAGACAGCCUCGAUCCGAGACCUACAGGAUGCGUUCCGUUCAUUAGACUUGGAGACUUGGGACGACUACCAGGAGGAUCGGGAAGAGGCUAUUCAGAUUACAAAGAUGCGUGGAAAGGGAGCUCCGAAGAAGAAGCGUUCUGCUGAAGAAUCCAGGACCGCGAAGAAGAAGAAGAAGUAAACGUUGUCGCACAUCUCUUUCCUUAUAUAGAUGUCAAAAUUUGCGGGAUCAGGGCGAUAGUGGAGUGCUUCUUGCAUAUAGAUUUAUCUCAUUUGGCUGGCUGCUUUGGGGAACGGAAUUGUAUUACUACUAUUUAUGCGAUUGUAAAAUACAUACAAGCAAACAAACUCAAGUUAUCAAUGAUAUCCUUUUGG